CAGACACACAUUCCCUCCCUCCCUCCGUCCAUUUUCAGCCUCCCCUCUCUCCCCUCCUGCAGCAGUGACAUGUAACCGGACCAGAAGGCGACAUGAACGGGCCUCAGCUGAGUGAGCUGCCGGACGACUCGGAGCAGCUGGAGCCGUACGUGAUCAGCCUGAGGCGGACAGCCCUGCAGGCCGCCGAGCUGUCUGCGGUCCGGACCUUCUCCGACGGCUUCCUCAUCAAGUUUCUGCGGGCCAGAGACUUCGACGUGGAUCUCUCUCUGAAGCUUUUACUGAACUACCAGCGUUGGCGGAGGGAGAGUCCUGAGAUCAGCGGCUGCCUGUCUCCCCUCUCUGUGCUCGGCCUCCUCGGCACGUCGUAUCAUGGCGUCCUCCCACAGCGGGACCACAGCGGCAGCAGGGUGCUGGUCUACAGGAUCGGUCAGUGGAACCCAAAGGACUGGUCGGCCUUCCAGGUGUUCAGGGUCAGCCUGAUGACGUCAGAGAUCAUCUCCAUGGAGACACAGACGCAGAGGCGGGGCCUGAAGGCCAUAUUUGACCUACAGGGAUGGAGUUUAGGCCAUGCCUUGCAGAUUAACCCCUCCCUUGCCAGAAAAAUAUCCUCUGUUCUCUCGGACUCAUUUCCACUUAAAGUUCGAGGAAUUCAUCUGGUCAAUGAGCCGAUGUUCUUCCGGCCAGUCUUUGCCAUGAUUCGUCCCUUCCUGCCAGAUAAGAUCAAACAGAGGAUCCAUAUGCACGGGGCUGAUUACCACGACACUUUAGGUGACUUCUUCUCACCAGACAUCCUGCCGCCAGAAUAUGGAGGGGAGGGGCCUGGAGUAGAGGAGGUGUGUCAAGACUGGACCAAUCAGCUGCUUCAAAAGGAGAAGCUCCUGCAGCAGAUUGCCACCCACCCGACAGCUGAUAUCGCCAUCACUGCUGACGACUCGUUGACCUCAGGGGAAGCAGAGACUGAACGCCCCUCAGAGGGAUGAUGUUUGGAACUUACUCUGGACCUGACUGUCUGGCAGCCAUUUUUUUAAAACUCUGGAGUACUGUUGUUUGCUCUUUUAAAAGAGCUGAAAAGAUUUCUCCAUCAGAUGGACUUUGAGUUUACAUGAUUUUAGUCUCCCUAUUACAGGACACUGCUCACUGAAAUCUGACCAGAAGGUGACGUAGCAUCUUCUGCUUGAAGCUGAAGUCACAGCAUCAUGUCUGGGCUGGUCUCUCUUCCACAAGCUUCACUCAGAAAAACAAGAUUGAAUCUAGGGCUGAACGAUAAUCAAAAUACAUAUAUAUAUAUAUAUAUAUAUAUAUAUAUAUUUUGACAGAUAUUUUAAUAUGAGUUACAAUUUCAGGGUGGAUGAUGAUUUUUACAUUUCAUUUUUACUGACAAAAAAUAUAAAAAAGAUGAUGAUAUAAUUUUUGUUGGUCUUGUACCAAACAAAUAUCUGGAGAAUAUAAUUCGUCUGUUGUUGUGACACAUUUGACCUUUAUCAAAAAAAACUGCAGCUCCUGCGAAUUUGGAUAUUACACACAUACGCAGGGAGCCACACAACACACAGUUAAGAAAGGCUGGAUUUGAAGUUAUUAGUGUUGUUACAAAGGUCAAAAAGUGGGAUUUUAAUUGAGGUUUUCUUACUUUUGAAGCUGAACGCAGGUCUUCUAGUUUCACUUCUUUCUUUCUCUCUUUUUCUCCCUCAUCUUUGCUUAUUUUCCAACAGCGAGAUGAUGUCUAUUUCAUGUCUGGAUGUUAAAUGCUGAGUUUGAGUCAGGAUGUAAUUAUUUGGCUCUGUAAGUUAAAAAACUACCAACACCUCUCAAGCCACUGAUUAAUAUGUUGUAUCUGGUUUGUUUAACCUGUGCACAAAAACACAUGUAAAAACAACAGUUUUCUGUAUCUAGCAACCACAUGCUAAUGCUAACGACACACAACACAAAUGUGCUGGGUGAGCGUAAAAACUGUUAUCCAUCAAGAACUCCCUUUAACUCCCUUUCUUCAAUGUACAGGUUAAACUAACAAAACACAGUGUAAAAAGACACUAUAAAAGUGUUGAUGGGAGUUGUUUUUGAUUUAGAUAAGAGCCACACUAGGUAAUUAUUUCCCUCCAUUUUUUUACGCUAAGCUAGGCUAACCCCCUCCUGACUCCAGCUCUGUGCUUCACAUGCAGAAAUGAAAAUUAUAUUUAUCUCCUCAUCUCACUCUGAAAUAGAGAGCAAAUAAUUAUAAUAAAUUUUACACAAUGUUGAACUGUUGUUUUGCUUCUGAGGCAGCCACAGUCAGAGCUCGAGGCAUUCUGUUUUCAGCUUGUCUGUCCAUCCACUUGUCUGUUCUCAUGGUCACGAUAUCACAGUAACACCUUGUGGGAACUUCUUCAAAUUUGGCACAAACAUUCAUUUGGACUCAAGUAUGAACUGAUUAGAAUCUGGUGGUCGAAGGUCAAUGGUUGAGGUCACUAUAACCUCAAAAAAGACUCAAAACUCCAUAACUCAAAGGUCAAGGUCAAAGGUCAACUCCCAUGUGACAUCAUAAUUUUCUGCAAAAACACUUCUGGCCAUUAUUGAACACUGUAACUCAGGAAGGAGAGACUGUGACCAUAUUUCCUGUAAGUUGGCUGGUUGGUGGAGGUAUUUUAAAUCUGCUGAUAUCUGCUCGAUGCUCAGUGUUGACAGUUUGGUGAGGGUGGGAACUGGUUUGACUAUUAUGAAGUUGUUUAGUGUUUUGGAGCAGAGACUGGUCCAAAGACUGAUCAGUUUACUUUGUCACCUCAACUUGGAAACAAACCGACUGUAUCUUAGUCUUUCACUUUUACAUGAAUAUUGCUGAAUGUUACUGUUCUAUAGUUGUGUCCUCAGUGAUGGAUUGGUAGAAGGGGAUUUGUGCAGCGGCUGCAGGAGACUACCAGCCCCACCAGCUCUGCUUGAAACCAUCAUCUUUCUGUCAAAUCCAAUGAAAGUCCUGGAGUCCAAACAGUUUCUAGCAGUGUGUUUUCAUGUUGGAACAUGAACCCUGCCUUCCCUCCAGAUCAUCACUCCAUCCAGACCUUCAUCUAAUCAGCAAAACAAAUUCAUCUGUCUUCUGUCUGUUCAUGGUUCAUGGUUUGAACUAUGGACUUUAUUUUAACAGUUUAAAAGGUUUUUAAACUAAUAUAAUAAUAAUUUAUAUCUAGGGGGAGUAAUGUAAUAUGUAUGAAGAGUAGAUAGUGAUUCCUUGCACCUUUUGGACCAAUAUUAUGCAUAUUUCCAAUAUACCCAGGUAUUGUUAAAAUGUGAAUUUGCUGUUCUCACUGACUUUAUAACUAUACAUAUAGAAUAUGUUCAUGAUAACAGGAGUUGAUUUUAUUGGUGAAUUUUUGACUUUUUAUCUUUUAAAAAAAGAUAAUGUAUUUCUUAGUAUUUCUUUAAAUGAAAUUGAUUUUAAAGUUACAUAAAAGAAAAUUGAAGUUAUGAUGGUGAUGUUUUAACUGUUUAUUACUUGACCUGUACAACAACCCAUAUGAUGCUGCGUAUUAACUUGCUCUUUUUAUAAACUGGAACAAUCAUAUUAAUAUUUGCGGCAGAGACCUGGUCUUAUAUUCUUGUUUGUCAGCAAUGUUUGUGCUCCUGAAUGGGAAUGAUGGACUUUUGUUAUGAAUUUUGUUAAUAAAUGGUGCGUUUGAA